AUGGCGGAGUUAGUGAGGGUCGGUUGGACGGCGAGAGCCCUGCUCCUUACGAGUAUUUUGGAAUAUGCUAACGCUACGAAAUAUUCGCGGUGCUACGAGGAAGCGGACCUCCUGUUACAGGCCGGGCAUUUGUUUCUUUGCGGCAAAACAUCGUCGUCCGAGGACAACGUUGAAAUAUUGGCGUUGUGCCUCGCAACGAGCAGCGUCCGAGGCGAUCCGCAUGAGAUCACCGUAAAACUUGUCGCGGGAGAUGGCCCAAAGUUCCGUGUGGACAGUGCCGUCUGCUCGUGCGUGGCGGGAUCAUCAGAAUGCUGCAAGCACGCUGUCGCCACGCUUCUUCACUGCAACAGAAAGGGAAUCCAGCAUCUCGAAGAUCUAAGCUGCACCGACAAGGAGUGCGCGUGGAAAAAGACCCCUGGAAAGGAGUUGUAUGGCGAUCCUGUGCCGUACAAGAUGUUCUGUCAUGUAAAGAAGCUCCGACCUACGCUGGAGCCUUCACCCGAGGCGCAGGCAGCUAUCCUCAAGCAGCUGACAGGCGCCUGCUUUAAUUCUGCGCUCGCCAAGCAUAGGAGGAGGAGGCGGGCUGAUCGGUCAUGCAGUGUCCCGGAACCGUCAAGGCUGGACGAGAAGUACAGGCAGGUCAUAGAGUGCGCCGAAGGCAGUGAUCUUUUGGCAAGGCUUGCCGCAGUUCCGGCCUCUCCUCCGGAAGGCUGCUCUUCUUUCUACGAUCAACAAGUCGCUGUCUCUGUUGAAACAGCCGCUGUCAUGCUUCGGGACACAAAAGAGAACAAGGCAGCCUGGAUGAUGGAACGUCGCUGCCGGAUCACAGGAACAACAUGCUACCCCCUCUCUACCUACAAGUUGGGAAACUGGGAAAAGAAGGUGCGGUCCACAAUGCAGCCAUCAUUCCGUGGCAAUGCCGCAACGGCCCAUGGUCUACGAUACGAGCCAAAGGCACGGGAGAAGUAUGCAAAGACCCGACGAGUUGACAUUUUUACGUGUGGACUCGUUGUUUCGCCACAAAACCCCUGGCUCGGCUGCUCCCCUGAUGGCGUUGUGUUCGAGGGGUCGCGACCAGGCACGUUGAUCGAAAUCAAGUGUCCCAAGAAGGGAGAAAUGAUGACUGCAAAGGCACUCUUGGCCACCUGUGAUUUUCUGGAGACUGACGAGGCUGGUACCUACAGCCAAAAGAAGCGCCACACCUUCUAUGGGCAGAUGCAGCUGGGGAUGGUUCUUCUUGAUGUGAAGACCUGUGAUCUUGUUAUUUAUGCUAGCAUGGAUGAUUCAAUCGAGGUCAUAUGCGUGGAUUUCGAUGAAGCUUUCGUUUGGCCUCUCCUGACAACCGUAAAGAGAAUUUACUUUGAGCGUGUACUUCCAGUCCUAUGUUCGUCGGUAGAGUGAAAAACACGACUAGUCUGAUACUUGGUGCGGCAGCUGGUGUACUGUGUUGGACCGCUAGAGUGCAGUACUUUUCUUUGUUGUUUUUUUAGAGUGGGCUACAGGACAGAUUCAUUUUUUUUCUUUUUGCCAUCUUUUUUUGUGAGCAGUAGCAUAUUUGCAGUGAAGCAACAGUUUUGCCUCGUUAAAUAUUUUUCCUGUUGGCUUUGUCUCAAGAGUUGGUCACCUCCUGCAUUCUUCAGUAGGAAACUAUGUGUGAGAGUAUAGUUGGGAAAGAACUUGGCGCUUAUUUUUACUUUGAGGUCAGAAUGCAGAAUUCGCUCAAUACUGUCCUUUUAGAAGCUCUCAAACUUCUAGUUAUUUCUUCGGAUUGAUUAUUCCUCAGUAUUUAUUUCUGCUAACUUCAGAAGGAACUGUUGAUGUGGUACAUGAAGACGUAUGCAUGUGCUUGUUAUGUGAUAAAAUAAUUAUUUAUGAGAUAUACUACUAGCUCAAUUACGUUCAUGCUAUAAUUUAAAACUAAAGUGAAUGUUCUACGCUCAUCACCAUCUCGAGAAAAAGGAAGUUUUGUGGUCAUACGCUGUUCCUACCUUUUUCUAGAUUUAACUUUCAAAGGAGAACCGGUGCUUUCACAUUCUAAACAUGCAUGUUGAACAAAAUUACAAACAUUUAUCCUAAACUCUUAAACAGGCAUCUUCAUUCACCGUGUAAAUUGUAGAAUUAGUACCUGUCUUCAACAAGUUGAAAUUUCCUUACUGUGAUGCUUGCAUGAAAGCAACUGUAUAGAAGUGUGCAAUAUUUUAUUAAUAAUAAAUCUACACAAAGAAACUCAAGUUUCACUCAAAAACUUGUGUCCCUCAGAGACCAGCUUCCUCUGCGACUCGUGUAACUUGUACUGCAAUGCCUUUGUACCAAAACAUUGCUACCUAGUGUUUGUUCCUUGGCAUUUGCUGCCAUCUCCUCGCAUUGGGCACUACCAGACAAGUGUGAAGGCCAAAUGGAUCACGAAAGUGCUUGAAGCUGGCCUAAGAUGUUACAGAAGAAUGUCCUGCUCUCAGAGUGAGAGCCGAUAUUUCACUAAGAAACAUUUCACUGCCUGCACAAGGCAAGUCUCUCAGCUUACGGCCCCCCCCCCCCCCCCCAAAAAAAAAAAAAAAAA